CCAUCGUCACCGCUGAUCGGCCAGGGAUCCCUCCUGACCUCAUCAGAUGCAGGCUCAUUUCCUUCUGUUUCCUCUUCCCUGGCACUGUGGCCUCGCCGUGACAUGCUGUACAGGGGAUUUGUGAUAUAACCGCCCCUUCUAUCUCCCGCCCUUCUGCCCCAGGGGAGAUCCCCACUCACUAUAACUCCCGGACACGCUCUUGUCAGGACACGGCCCGUCUCCCAGCACUCGGAGAGGACAGACUCACGGACACGGACUCAUCCAUGGCCAAGUCUGUGAUGCUGUUGAUGCUCUUGGCUCAGUUUGUCACCUCGGCUCCGCUUAUCGAUGUCUCACAGAUCCGAGUUUACCCUGAACACGGCAGCGUGGCCGGCGUGUUCCACGCGUGGCUCUCCAAAGGCUACGUCUUCAGCGCUUCCGAAGCGAGAGACGUGUGUGAGCGUCUGGGUGUGACCAUAGCGGACAAGUCGCAGGUGGAGAAAGCUCUCGCUCUGGGCUUCGAGACAUGCAAGUUCGGUUGGAUCAAUGAACAAGUCGCUGUUGUUCCCAGGAUCCAAGCCAAAGAAUCCUGUGGUAAAAACCAACUUGGGCUCAUUACCUGGCGUGCACCUGUCAGCUCGGCGUUCGACGUCUACUGUUUCAACUCGACAGAUUAUGAAGCUCACUUGGACUCGCCCGAGGAGAAUCCGAGCACCGCCGUAUCUCCUACAGCUCACACGUCUCGAGCUCAAUCCAAACUGGCAAAAACGACUCGUUCAGCAUCACGGGAUGAUCUGCAGUCAACUUCCACUAGUUUUCCUGAAUCUGUGGACCGGUUAUUAGUGAACGAUUCACAUGUGAACGACUCAUCUGUAAACGACUCAUCUGUAAACGACUCACCUGAAUCACAGGCCUUUAGCAAGACAAGCCGUACCACUGCAGUUGGGCUGAUCGCUUUGCUCACGACCGUCUUCGCUUUCCUGUUGCUCGCCGUUGCUGCCGUCUGUUACCUCAAAAAGAACAAAGUGGGCCGGUGGAACAAAAGCGAUCAGAGAGACAGAUCAGAGACUGAAAUUUGUGAAAAAACUCGAAAGGAGUCUCAGGCUGAGGUGAAAAACCAGCACAAAAUGACGUCGAACACAGACGACAUCAGCAUCACCAUCAAGACAGAGGAAGAGAACGGAACGUCUUCUCGACCAGCGACGACAGACAAACCCUCGCUCUGAGCUCCACGUCGGCUGGAACGCCUUCGUGCAAAUCUAUUUAUUUAUUUGUUUAACUGAACAAUCUUUUUUUUUUUUCUUUCAUAUUCUUCUGCUUUGACUUGUAUUGUGUGUGGCAUUUUAUUUCCUUUUGAUAUCGUUUUACAUUUCUAGUGAUAUUUUGUAUUUGUACAGUAGAUACAUGUUUAUGAAAAUAAACAAGUCAGAUUUUUUUUAAAUAAA